AUGUUCGACCAAUCUCACUCAGCCAUUAGAUGUCAGAUUCUUUCACCCUUCCAAGAGAUAGCUUGUAGGUCUUCCCUGACAAAAUGGAAGAAAGCUCAUCCCCAUCAGUCUACUCUAGAUAAAAAGGAUUUUUCCAGUGUAUUAGCUUCUACCCUUGCAAAAAUAAGCCAAAAACAUGAAAAUGCUAUGAAGAAAGACUUCAUAAGCUCAUUUCGUGCAACUGGUAUAGCUCCUCUCGGUGCUGAACGAGUUCUGCGAAAAAUUCCAAGUCAAACCAAUGACACGAAUACUGGAGAUUCGCUGGACAACGUUCUUGUGGAAUAUCUGCUACAGCAGCGUUUUACGGUAGGACCAUCUAGAAGAAAUAUGAGGCGUCGAAAGCUUUCGGUAGAGCCUGGAAAAAGUGUUGUAACAAAUGAAGAACCCAGUGACUUAGAUACGAACGACGAUCCUCAAACUAAUAAUAGCUCUAGUGAAAACUCAUUAGAAACCAUCACCGAACCGGAAACUGAAUACUUUGAACCGACAGAAAGAUAUAUACUUCCUGGCAAAUUUCUUCUAGUUAAAGUAUGUUUGUGA